AGAGGUUUCGCAAGCCUACUUUCGCUUUCAUUACACCAUGUAUUUCACCAUGUUAAAUCAAUAUUGAAAUUACAUUUGAAAGAAAGGAAUACAUCGUGAAUAACAACAUGAACCUCUUAGUGUAUUUAACGUUAAUAAUUCAGAAUACAUGUAUUUAGUCUUAACAUACUAGAAAGAGCUGGAAUAUUAUGUACCGUCUAUAAACCAUAUUGGUCAUAAUCUAUAGAUAGUGGUGACAAAGGUUACCGCAGGUAAACAAACUAAAUAUUGAUAUGAUUGCUGACUGACAGUGAAAUAAAGAUUUGUCACGAUUUGAUGUUCAAUACAAGCAGUUGAAACAGUAUUAGACUCGUGUCAGUCUAGAAGUGUUUUUGCGCCUUAACAGUGUCAAACUUUCGCAGUUUAAUAAAAUCGUUAAUUGAGUUUGAAGAAAAAAACAUGGAAGAACAGAAAACCGAGCCGAAUACAGAACAGGGAACUGAGCGUGUGAGCACGGCCAGGGAACAGACUGCAGCACAGGGAAUGGACGCCGGAGAGCCCCUUGGUGCGGACAGCAGUGCACAAAAAACAGCUAGCGCCGGAAGCGAACACUGUGUCGUGUAUAAAUUAUGCGACAAGCAAGAGAGACUGGUAGACGCCUGGACAGAGAUGUUUAAGGACUAUAUUGAGGCCGACAAAGUGGAGGUGUACCAAGGCGAUAUAUUUUACGAGGGACCUGCUGCAGACGCUAUUGUAUCACCGGCCAACAGUUUUGGUUUCAUGGACGGCGGGAUUGACAUGGUCUACAGUAGACACUUCGGCUGGCAAAUGCAGGAGCGUCUACAGAAGAAAAUACGUGAAGAGUUCAACGGAGAAUUGCUUGUGGGCCAGGCGACGAUAAUCCCUACAAUGGAAGACUUGUCGAUCGUUGAUUGGUCCAAGUACAACUGUGGGGAGCCAAUCAAAUACUUGAUAUCAGCGCCCACCAUGCGCGUGCCUGCGACGAUCGCGGACACAGUGAAUCCUUACCUCGCCUUGAGGGCCGUCAUAUUGGCAGUUAACGAAUUCAACCAGACAGCGAUGGAACCAAUCCGUAGUGUCCUGUGCCCGGGGCUGGGGACGGCUGUAGGUUUGAUGCCGCGGGACAGGUGCGCGUACCAGAUGCUACAAGCGUACGAGGCUUAUGUGGAAGGCCUGAGACCGGAACUGGUUGCGCCCACUGGUCUUGGUCAGCCAUUCAUACACCACGACGACAUGGUUCAGUAUGGUGAAAAGGGGGAAGAGAAGAAAGCUCCACCACCUAAGGACAAGAUUGUCGCCAGGACCAGCACCAGACCAGCAAAGUCGGACACAAAACUCACAGAUCCCACGAAACCCACACCAACAAAGCCGGGAACCACAGAGUCAGCGUUCAAGGACGAGGCGUCCACCCCUGUGUAGACCACACGUGCUUCAAAUUUGCUCACUCGGCUCCUUUAUUGAUGUCCUGCAUGGGGUGCAUUGAAAAUUAUAAGGUUUAUAAGAAUUAAUAUCGCAUAAGGAGAUCAUCUCGGCUCAUCGGACACGACUUCCGGCAUCUCUCAUUUAGACACGUGCUGCCGAGGACUGUGAUGUAUCUCAUGGUGAAGUGACGCUUACUUGUGAUAACACAUUGUACAAGCUAUGAAAGUAUUGAUGUACGCUAUUCUUAUUGUUUCAUAAAUUAUUGAUUAUGCUAAACAUUCAUUGGAAUGCUUUUAAUCGCAAUGUAGUUUUUAUCUUAGCGCAUUAUUUUAAACAUUUUGUGGAAUACAUAUAAAAAUUACCGACAUAUUCAUCUUAUAAUACGCAAAAUUUAAUUUACCAAGUGUAUUUCUAUAGUUCACGAGCGUCCGAUAUCAUUUAAAAUAGGUGUGAUAUAGAGGUGUAAACAGUUGAUAUCGGGCGUAUUCAACUUUGCGGUAAUUCUAGCUGCGUUUCUUGCUAAAAUAAUAUUUCAGGUAGGCAUGAAAACGGUUUCACCUUUCAAGCGUUCAAGCCAUUUUAAUGCCAUUUAAUGACAUGAACAUUUUAUUAGUUGGAUUCAAGUUGUAUCAGAAUUGUUUUAUUUAUUUUAAAAGACGCGUUUUUUAACUCUGGAAUGUAAGUGUAAAGAAUGUAGAACUUUACUGCACUGAUUUUAGAGACAAAUGAAAUAGUGUUGUUUAGCUAAUCACAGUUUGAUAUUAAUGGCGUUGACGAACAAUUCUAACCUAACAAUAGAUGAAUUGAUAACACAAUCUGUUCGCGCGCCAGCCCAAAAACUGAUCCUAGCAACUGUGGAGGUUUUCCGCAAAUGAUUUAAGUCAGUAUGUUUUAUCAGGCAUUACUUCACAAUUAUAUUUUCGUGUUGGAAUAAAAUGUUUGAACUGAUAUGAUUAAAAAUGUAAUUAGAUUUAAAAAUUUAAGAUUGAAAGUACAUCGCGGCCUUUUGGUUUGGAAAUACUAUUGCUUCAAGACGCAGCACAAUAUUACUGCGCUGCAGAUCUUAUCCAUAUACUCCAUAUUUAUAUUAACUUGCCUGUAUAGAUAUGUAAUUAUUCGACAGAACCUUAAAAUAUGUUUCGUUUCUAUGCGAAAUAUCGACCUUGAUUUAUAAAAAUAGUACAAUUGUUCAUAUCGUUGAAGUUGCCAUAGCUUGUCUUUCAGACACUGUACGUUUCUACCCCGCCUUAGAAAUAAAUCACUGAUAAGUUUGA